CCCAAGUCCCAGAUGAGGGGUCUCCUUUGCAACCAGUCUCGAAAAAUGCAUGAAAGUCUCCCUUUGGGGGUUAGCUCUUCCACUAGAUCGAGGUUCUUUGAAAUCAGGGGCUGUGUGUGAUUCAUCUCCGUGUCUGGUCCCAGCUGGGGUAAGAUCAAAGCCAUUUGGGGCUGCUUCCCUUCAGGAGCCGCUCAGCCUUUCUUUCCUCGGCGGCGUGAUAUCCUUUGCAAACCCAGCCUCUCUGCCUCCAGGCCCGCCUUGCCUGUCUCACUUCCUCUCGGGAGGCGGGCCCCGAGCAGGCACCUCCCUUCUGGACAGCCGUCUUCCCGCCCUCCCAACCUAAGCAGAAAAUCGAAACUGCACUGGGCUCCAUGCAUCAGGAACCUGCAGCCACGAGAUCGCCAGACCUCCAGCAGGACUCUGUUCCGUCCCAGUCACCCACCAUGCCACCCCCAGAGGCCCCCUCUGAAGGCCACCAGCCCAGUCCCAGCCACAGCCCAGCAGAGGAAGCCAUGGAGGAGGAGUUCCAGUUCCUGAAUUGCCAGGGCUGCCAGACCCAAGCCAAGUGCCCCAAGCUGCUGCCCUGCCUGCACACACUGUGCUCAGCAUGCCUAGAGGCUCCAGGCCUGCAGUGCCCCAUCUGCCAGGCGCCCCAGCUGGCGGGCGCUGUGCCCGCCCUGGACAACGUGUUCUUCGAGAGCCUGCAACGGCGCCUGACGCUGUACAGACAGAUCAUGGACGCACAGGCCGCCUGCACCCGCUGCAAGGAGCUGGCCGACUUCUGGUGCUUUGAGUGCGAGCAGUUGCUGUGUGCCAAGUGCUUUGAGGCGCACCAGUGGUUCCUCAAGCACGAGGCGCGGCCGCUGGUCGAGCUCCGCCAGCACGAGGCUCGCGAGUUUCUGGAUAGCACUCGCAAGUCCAACAACAUUUUCUGCUCCAAUCCCAACCACCGCACCCCCACACAGACGAGCCUCUACUGCCGAGGCUGCUCCAAGCCUCUGUGCUGCUCGUGUGCGCUUCUGGACCGCGACCAUGGCGACCUCAGGUGCGACAUCGGCACGGAGAUCCAACAGCGGCAGUCUGAGCUGGACGCGAUGGCGCGCUCGCUGCAGGACCAGGACGGCGCCUUCCAGGCAGUGCGUGCGGAGGUGCGCUCUGCUGUCAGCCAGCUGGGGCAGGCACGCGCCGACACCGAGGAGAAGAUCCACGCGCAUGUGCGCCAAGUGAUCGCGCAUGUGCAGGCGCGAGAGCGUGAGCUGCUGCAGGCUGUGCAAGCGCAGUACCAGCGAGACUAUGAGGGCAUGGCCCGGCGCCUGGGCCGCCUAGACGCUGUGCUGCAGCGCAUCCGGGUGGGUGGCACGCUGGUGCAAAGGAUGAAGCGCUAUGCCUCCGACCAGGAGAUGCUGGAGAUGCACGGCUUCCUGCGUGAGGCACUGUGCCGCCUGCGCCAGGAGGAGCCCCAGCACCUGCAGGCCCCGGUGCGCACCGAUAGCUUUGAUGAGGUCAAGGUGCGCCUACAGGACCUCAUGUCUUGCAUCCCUCAGGGGACAGAUGCAGCUCUGUCCAAGACAGCCAGCCCAGAGGCCUCCAGCACCCCCAAUGACUCCUCUGUCACUGACCAGUCCAACAAGGCACCGAAGGCACAGGCCCAGCCCCUGGGGCUGUCUGAGGCCCAGCCAGCAGCCGUGGUACAUUUGGUGCCCAGAGCACACCCCAUGCCCAUCUAUGCCUUCUCCAUGAGAAGCCCCCCAUCUGGAGAGGUCUCCAACAUAGUCUCCCCGCAGAAGAGAAAGUCCUCCCAGACCCAGUGCUCCAGGAAGAUCAUCAAGUUGGAGUCGGAAGAGGGCAAGGAGGUGCCCAUGGCCCCCAGGCCCACAGAGCAGCCCAGGCCCAGCACCUCCAGGGCAGUCUCACCCCCACACCCAGAUGGGCCCACCCAGCCUGAGAGCCCCACCGUGGGAAAAGAGGUCUUGCAGCCCAACAGCACCCCAGUGAUCAGCGGUGCUGCAGAGGCAGAUGAGCGCAUUGUGGUGAUCAGCAGCUCAGAAGACUCUGAUGCUGAGAACUCGUCCUUUCAGGAGCUGGACGACAGCAGCAGUGAGUCUAGUGACCUCCAGCUGGAGGAGACCAGUUCCCUCCAGGUCCAAGACCAGAGCCACGCUGACCCCCGGGCAGAAGACAGGCCCCUGGUGUUCUUUAACCUCAAGAUUGACAAUGAAACUCAGAAGAUUAGCCAGCUGGCGGCCGUGAACCAGGAAAGCAAGUUCCGUGUGCUCAUCCAGCCAGAGGCCUUCAACAGCGUCUACACCAAGGCCGUCUCCCUGGAGGCAGGACUGCGACACUUCCUCAGCUUCCUGAGGUCCAUGCACCGCCCCAUCUUGGCCUGCUAUAAGCUGUGGGGGCCCGGCCUUCCCAACUUCUUCAAGGCCCUGGAGGACAUUAAUAGGCUCUGGGAGUUCCAGGAGGCCAUUUCAGGUUUCCUGGCUGCACUACCCCUCAUCCGGGAGCAGGUGCCCGGGGCCAGGAGCUUCAAACUCAAGAACCUGGCUAAGACCUACCUGGCAAGGAACGUGAGCAAGCACAGUGCCUUGGCUACUGUGCUGGCCAUGCGCGACCUGUGCCGGCUGCUUGAGAUCUCACGUGGCCCACAGUUGACCCAGCAUGUCCACCCCUUUGGCAUCCUGCAGUGUUUCUCUUCUCUGCAGCCCCUGGUGCAGGCAGGCAUCCUGCCCCGGGCUAAGACCCAGAUCCUGGCCCUGCACAGGGUGAGCUUCCUGGAACUGCUCACUGCACACCGCUGUGACCCACAGCGUGGCCUGAAGAAGUAUGGCCGCUACCUGAGCCCACAGAGCGCCUUGUCCCCUGCACAGCCCUCACACCACCUGCAAGCCCUGAGGACCUACCUGGAUGGCCUCCUGCUGGAGGAGCAGGCCUAGGCCCAGGCCCAGGAGAGAGGCCUCUCUCCCAGGCUCACUGGCCCCAAGCAGAGCUGAGGGAUGCCUGAGUAGGCCCCGCCCAUCCAGCAUUCCCAGGGCCUGGUCCCCAGCACUCUGUGAUCCUUUGGCCCAAAAUCAGUUCCCUUUCUCUGGGACCAAAUUCCCCUUCUCUGCAAAUCCUACAGAGGAGGCCGGGCACCCACACCUCCCAUCCAGGAGCCUGAGCCAGAGAGGCUCCGAGUGAAGGCAUAACCUCAGGUCUCUGAGGCCCUGCAGCCCCUCCCUAGCACCCAUGCAUAGAGGUGCCCAUGGGUACCCAAAGUGCCUUCCACACCAAACUCCCCCCAUGAGUGCUGGUUUCCCAGCCUCUCGGCCCACUCUCUGCUUGAGUCCUUCUUGGAGCAAAUUCACCCAAAGGGGCCUUGGGCUACAAAAAGCGGCAGAAACUGUGCCAUCCCUGUCCCCACUGCACUAACAUGCCUUUUCCAUCCCACAGCUUUGCUCUUGGGCCCUUGGCUUGCAGACCUCUCCCAGCACCACCCUACCCACAGCCUCCCAAGCGAUGUCCCCAUGGGUGGCCGGCGGCACCGGCACCCCCACAUCCACAGGGUCUGCCUCAGGCCUCCAGAGCAGGGUCUCUGCUGGUGGGGCCAGUGCUCUGUGCUUCUCCAGCCAAAUGGAUGUGGGGCAGCAGAGGAAACCUUCUCCCUGUUCCUCCUCCUUCCGGAGCACUGGUGUCCCCAUCUCUGAAAGGAGCUGAUUGGGCUGGGGGAGCUCUGCACAGCCAGCUCUGCCAUCCUGGGCUUUCAGGCAUGGGCAGCAGGCCUCUGAGUCAGCAGAUGAGAAAUGUUCUCAUCCCAGAGCCCAGUGGAGCAGUGUGUGCCUAUAAUCCCAGGACUUGGGAGGCUGAGGCAAGAGGAUUUCUGCAACUUCGAGGCCAGCCUGGGAUACAUAGUGAGAUCAAGGCUAGCCUGAACUGCAUAAGGAAACCUUGUCUUAAAAACAAACAAACAAAAGUUCUCAUCCUGAGCUUAGUUCCCAUUCCAAACCCGUGGGCACUCCAGAGGUCAGUUUCAGAACGGAGUGCUCAGGGCCAUUCCUUCCCCCACCCUCCCCUCUCCCCAUUCCUCCUCCUGGUUCCCAGAGAGCCCAGGUGCCCACCUUGAUGGUGGAUGGCCUCCGCUUUCACACAGUAAAGGCUGAGUACCCACACCCCACCCUGUCCAGUGGGUGGCUCAGGAUCCACAUAGGCACCCUGCAGGAUUUGCUCCUAGCUUGGGCACACUUGGCACCCACAGUGAACUCAGAUGCAUUGGAAACAAAUUCUUGUUACAACUCUGGCUCUGAGCAGACAGUGGAGGGAGAGGAGGGAGGGAUGCCAGGACCCAGCCUGGCUGUGCUGACCCCCUGGCAGCUGACAGGGUAGCAUGAGGCCCCUCAUCUUUGGGGGGGGGGUACCAGGGAUCGAACUCAGGUCCUUGCACUUGUGCAGCAGGUGGCGAAACCACUGAGCUAAAUCCCUGGCCCAGGGGCCCCUCAUCUUUGCCCUCAGACUUGACCACUUCUAGCCCUACCAUACUGGCUGUUUUGAGGCACUGUGGAUCACAGGUUUUAUACUAAAGGGGCACUCGGGCUGUCCAGACUGUCACAGCCUAAAUAAAGAUGGAAUCUAUCCAGGCACUGUAGUAUGUGCCUGUGAUUCCAGCACAUGGGAGGCUGAAGCAGGAGGAUCACUGUGAGUUCAGGGUCAGAGAGCCAGGACUACAUAGUGAGACCCUGUCUCACUGUCCCCCCAAAAAAGGGACUCUUAAAAGCCUGAUUCUCCAAUCACAAACUCCACUAAGCCCAGCCCAGCCCAGGGAGCCACUGAGGUGCCUCUUGCCUGGACCAUCGCCUGCCCCACAUAGCUGUGCUUUGUGGGGUCCUCCAGAACAUAGCAGAGCUGAGAGCCCCCCAUUCAGUGUCUCCAGAAUGUGAAUCCCCUAUUUCAAGUAGGGAGACCCAGAGUGGGCUUGCGCCCGGGCCAUUUCCAAAGGGGAAAGCCACAGGCAGGAAAAGAGACACCAGCUCCAUGAGUCCCUUCAGAGGGAGUCAGGAGCCUGAGACCAGGGUGAGCGAGAGCUUGGCCACUGGCCCCUGAUGACAGCCCUACCCUUCUGCUGGGCCCCAAGAGUAACUGGUGUGGGGGGGUGCCCAGGGCACACACUGUGUGGAUGUCAGACAGCUUACAUUGCCACCCUCGGGCACUGGAUUUCAGCUUUCACAGCCUGCACAUUUAACUCCCUGAUCCCCCAGCUCUCCCACUAUAAAAUGGGUCUGUGCAGAUUAUUUGUCAUAGGAUCUUCAUGUGAACCAAUCAGAAAAUGUAUGUGUGAAAAUACCUUUUUAAUAUGUACAAAACCACACAAAUAUAAGAUCUUUCACAGACAA